CUGACAAUGCGACAUGCAUUUCUAAAAAUUGCUAUAUCUACUUCUAGGAUAUUAUCUUAUCUUAUAUAUAUAUAUACAUAAUAUAGUCUUUAGUCCUUAAGUAAAAUAUUCACCUGGUAAUGGGUCCCAAAAGGAAAACUAACUCUGUGUAUCUCGAGAAAGCUGCUAUCUAUAUCUAUGUCCCAAUUACAAUUCACAUUGAGAGUGGUGAGAAAAGACAAAUUAGUGAUUCCUCAUCCGAAUCUAGUGUUGAAACUGACAGCGACCACGAAGACGAGACGCCUUCAGAAAGCGGCCACCGAGAAAAGGCGCCUAAAGACAGCGGCCACAAAACCAAGACAAGUGUUAAAAAAGCCUGCCGGUCUUCAGAACGUUAUACCAGAGGGAGACAGGCUAAGAAAACUGUGACGGCAGUUAAGACUGAGGCCCCACUGGUGUCAGUGAGAGCUACAGCUAGUCAAACUGUGGCACCAGAAAGAGCGGCGGAAGAUGGAACAGCAAAUGAGCCAAAGCCAAAGGAGACAACGAAAAAACAAACAUCGUCUACUUUGGUGUCCCCUUCAACCAACUCCAAGCCCACUGAAACAAAGUCUGGAAUGGGCUCUUGGGGAUGCUCUAUUGGUUGAAGGUCAUCAAAGACUCUCUGUGAAGUCAUAACGCUUAUGAUAUGACAGAUGUUUUGUUAAAAUUUAAAUUUUACUACGCCCUUUGAUUUGCUCCCAGGCCUUAUAUUGUUUUUAUGGCUGGGAGACCCCCUUCUUUUCAUUCUAUAUAUAACGAUCAACCUAACAUACUUUGUGAACAGGGCCGCCGCUAACUAUUGUGCGAUGUGUGCAUUGCACGCAGGCAGCCGACUUUAAAAGGCGGCCAAAUCAUUAUUUCAAGGUUACUUU